CUUUCUUGUUCCCUAUGUUUUAGUUGUUUUUACAUUUAACUUGAUCUAAAUCUUCCCUUUGGUCCUUUCUCUGAAGUUUUGUUUCACUAGAUCACAUAAUUAUAAAUUAGUUUCUCAUUUAUAAUAUAAAUUAGUGCAUGCAUAGAAGUUUUGCUUGCUUAGUCCUUUAGCCAUAUUCUGGGCCUCCUUUAGUGCUCCACUCUACCUCUAUCUUUGGAUUCCUAAUUAUGGCUACCAUCUAAGGUAUUUGGUGUUUUCAAUUUCUUAGUGCUUUAGGCGACACCCAAUACUUAUUAGUUUUGAGUCCAUGAACAGCGUGCUAAAUGAGUUUAGAGGCAGCUGAAGCUUCCUGGUCCUACUAUAAAUGUCACCACUAACAACAAUGUCGUCAUCAACGUUAGAAACAAAUUGGACGAGAGUCUUCUUAUGCAUUGGUCUGGAGUUCAACAGAGAAGAAGUUCAUGGCAAGACGGACUUCUGGGGACUAACUGUCCAAUUCCUCCAAAGUGGAACUGGACCUACCAGUUUCAGGUUAAGGAUCAGAUUGGGAGUUUCUUUUACUUCCCUUCUCUUCAUAUGGAGAGAGCCUCUGGUGUAUAUGGUAGCUUCAUUAUAAAUAAUAGGCCUAUUAUUCCAAUUCCUUUUGCUACUCCAUAUGACGACAUUAUCAUUUUGAUUGGCGAUUGUACAAAAGGAACCAUACGGCUUUGAGAAAGGCCCUUGAUGAAGGGAAAGAUCUUGGAAUGCCAGAUGGAGUGCUUAUUAAUGGCAAAAGUCCCUGUCAGUAUAACACCACACUUGUUCCUGAUGGUAUUGACUAUGAAACUAUUGAAGUCCAUCCAGAGGCUUUCUGGAGCAUCUUUGCUAAUACUAGCAAAUAAGCAAGACCUAAAAGGUGCUCUUACACCAAAUGAAAUUGCUAAGGUACUAAACCUGGAGAAUAUGGACAAAACCAGGCAUUGGAAAAUCGUGGGCUGUAGCGCAUACACAGGGAAGGGGCUGCUUGAGGAAUUUGAUUGGUUGGUUCAGGACAUGAUGAUACCUUAGGAUCUAGUCAACAUUAAGCAAUAGAGUUAGGGUUUUUUUUAUUGGCCCUCUCAGAGAACUGAUUAAGGUCCAUUUGUACUGUUUUAUUAACUAUCUUAUUGUUGUGGAAUUUAGUCAAGCUGUGAAUUCGACAAAAAAAAAAAAAAGUCAAGCUGUGAAACUUUUUGGGUCAAUAGUAUGGGAAGUUUGGGUCAAUAUUAGUGACUAAUCAGCCAUAAAAGCAAAUUAAAUAACAAAUAUUUUUUUGAUUUUA